AGCUUCAGAUCAGUGAAUUCUCCUCUCGUAGAUUUUAAAAGGCUCUGCUCCUUUAAGGGUGGAUCAGUAGUUGAAGAGGAAAUAGGAAGUCAGUCCAUAACAUUUAGCACAAAGAUCUAAAAACAAAAGGCGUUUGCGAGUGAUGGCAGGAAUAAAAGCUCUUGUUGCGUUGUCCUUCAGUGGUGCACUUGGACUGACCCUUCUCCUUUUGGGAUGUGCACUGCAACAUUUUGGACAGUACUGGCCCAUGUUUGUCCUGAUCUUCUACAUUCUGUCACCUAUACCAAAUUUAAUAGCUAAGAGGCAUGCAGAUGACACAGAGUCAAGCAAUGCAUGCAGGGAGCUUGCAUACUUCUUAACCACUGGAAUCGUGGUGUCAGCCUACGGGCUCCCCAUUGUGCUAGCUAGAACAUCUGUGAUCAAGUGGGGCGCCUGUGGCCUGGUAAUGGGAGGCAAUAGUGUCAUUUUUCUGACCAUUCUGGGGUUCUUCCUGACAUUCGGGCGUGGAGAUGACUUCAGCUGGGAACAGUGGUAAAACCCACCAGGAGGAAGUACAUCACUACACUAUAAAUUAUGAAACUUGAAAUAGUUUCCCAUGGUAAUGCUAAUGAACCCAGGCCUUGACAGAGACUGCUUUGUUUUACUCUCGGUCACAUCUGCUCUGCUCUGUUACUCUGCUUCUGCCUUUUCAUUUGCAUACAUGUCACUCAGCCUAUGCAUGACUCUGUAUAUACAAUGAUUUUCUUCAAAAAAAACCUUCAAUAUGAAGAUGCAUUUAUUGAAAGUAGUUUAAACAGCACAACGUAAAGGCUGAAUCUCUCAAAACCUGUAACGUACAGUUUGAGUCAUAUUUCACUCAAAUCAAAAGCACAAAAAAAAGAGUCAAUAAUAUUUGCUUAAAUAAAAUUAAGCC